CAGGAGCUGAUGACGCUGAUGAUGUCUGGCGACAGCGGCAUCUCGGCCUUCCCGGAGUCGGACAAUCUCUUCAAGUGGAUCGGGACCAUCAACGGCGUGGCUGGGACGGUCUAUGAGGACCUGAGGUACAAGCUGUCCUUGGAGUUCCCCAGCGGGUACCCCUACAACGCCCCCACCGUCAAGUUCCUCACCCCCUGCUACCACCCCAACGUGGACCUUCAGGGGAACAUCUGCCUGGACAUCCUCAAGGACAAGUGGUCGGCUCUCUACGACGUCCGGACCAUUUUGCUCUCCGUCCAGAGCUUACUGGGAGAGCCAAACGUGGAAAGUCCUUUGAACACAGAGGCUGCCGAGCUUUGGAAGAACCAAGCAGCCUACAGAAAAUACCUCCACGAAUCCUAUCGAAAACACAUGAAGAGUCAGGAUACUUGAUGUCCUUCCAGCCAGCACACCACUUCGCUGGUGGGGGGCCCACCAGUCUUUUUUAUCUUCUGUUUUAUCCUUGUGAUUUCUGUACGUCAGCCCCUAUUGUAUUAUAGAUCAUUUCAAAGUUUAUCUGGCUUUUCCCGUGGUGUUAAUGUAUAAAUAAACUUCC